AUGCAAAGAGUCAGCAACGUCUGCCUGGUCAAGAUCCCAACUCCCUGCCCUACCUUAGCAGGCUAUGGGCAACUGCUCAUCCCAGCUUCUGGCCCACAGGAGAUUUCUGUUCUGUUGACGCCAGCCUCACAGCCACCCGAGGUGCUGUCGCAGCAGUGGGCUGUGGGCAUGAGCCUGCUGAUGGCCCUGGUGGUGCUGCUGAUCGUGGCCGGGAACGUGCUGGUGAUCGCGGCCAUCGGGCGGACGCAGCGGCUGCAGACCCUCACCAACCUCUUCAUCACCUCGCUGGCCUGCGCGGACCUGGUGAUGGGGCUGCUGGUGGUGCCCUUCGGGGCCACGCUGGUGGUGCGGGGCACCUGGCUCUGGGGAUCCUUCCUCUGCGAGUGCUGGACCUCCCUGGACGUGCUCUGCGUGACGGCCAGCAUCGAGACCUUGUGCGUCAUCGCCAUCGACCGCUACCUGGCCAUCACCUCGCCUUUCCGCUACCAGAGCCUCAUGACCAAGGGUCGGGCCAAGGGCAUCAUCUGCACCGUCUGGGCCAUCUCCGCCCUGGUCUCCUUCUUGCCCAUCAUGAUGCACUGGUGGCGGGACGAGGACCCCCAAGCACUGGAGUGCUACCAGGACCCAGGCUGCUGCGACUUCGUCACCAACAGGGCUUACGCCAUCGCCUCGUCCAUCAUUUCUUUCUACAUCCCCCUCCUCAUCAUGAUCUUUGUGUACCUCCGAGUGUACAGAGAGGCCAAGGAGCAGAUCAGGAAGAUCGAUAGGUGCGAGGGCCGGUUCUACAGCAGCCACGAGCAGCCACAGCCGCCCCCUCACCCUCACCACCAGCCCAUCCUUGGCAACGGCCGAGCCAGCAAGCGGAAGACCUCCCGCAUCAUGGCCAUGAAGGAGCAGAAAGCCCUCAAGACUUUGGGCAUCAUCAUGGGGGUGUUCACUCUCUGCUGGCUCCCUUUCUUCCUGGUGAACAUCGUCAACGUCUUCAACAGGGACCUGGUGCCGGACUGGCUCUUUGUUUUCUUCAACUGGCUGGGCUACGCCAACUCCGCUUUCAACCCCAUCAUCUACUGCCGCAGCCCCGACUUCCGUAAGGCCUUCAAGAGGCUGCUCUGCUGUCCCCGGAAAGCCGGCCGGCGGCUGCACGCGGGCGGCGGGGAGAUGGCCCAGCUGCCCGGGGGCUUCAUCAGCACCGUGGGCUCCCCCGAGCGCAGCCUGGGAGGGACCUGGUCCGACUGCAACGGGGGCACGCAGGGUGGCAGCGAGUCCAGCCUGGAGGAGAGAAAUAGCAAAACGUCCGAUUCGGAGUCCAAGGUAUAG